GCAAAAUAAUGUAUUUAAUAAUUGGUUAAAUACAAUAGAUGCCUAUUCCAAUAGAGUUGAUUAUAAUAAUUUUAUUCAUACAAUAAUUUAAAUCACUGUAUUGAAAGGAUUUUUGUAUGAUAAAUAUAUCAUUUGUACAAGAUUCGACCAAUCGCGAGGGAUUUAAUUAUGGCUGAAAGUAAAGUAUGACGUAUCCACCAUGACAUUCUGAGACCAGCUUUGAGUCGUUGAGAUUGUUGGUUGGUAUCUCCUUCUUCUUACGGAUCAAUGUCACGAUGGCUGUCAAACAGCAUGUUCUCAGGGAAAAAGCAAAUGCCGUUUCCCUUCAAUUUCCACAGAACCAGAAGAACCGCCGUCGCGAAAUUAUGGAUAUUAAACGUCAGCGGUGCUUUUAAAUACAAUGGAUGACAGGCGGCAAUUGGACAGUUGGCGUUGACGAUUUCGCUGGGGAAUUGCAUGGAAUGAGGGAUUCGGUUGAAAGCCACGGUAUUUGGAGCGUGAGUGCGAGCGAGAAGGAAGGACGAGGGAGGUGAGGGGAAGAGGAGAAAACUUGGUAGAAGAGGGCGGCGAAGAUAGGGGGAGGGGAAGAAUGGUAGAGGAAAAGCGACUACGCGCGGCAGAAGGGGGCGAGUGGCACAGAAUAGUUUAACAGGUUGUGGUUACGAGCGACUCCAGUCGCUCAUUGGUUCCCCACCCGUACUUGAGUACACGUUAGGUUGACUUAAUUUCAAUUUAUACUCCUUCCACCACCGCUCUUUCUCCCCUCAUCACUCUUCUCUUUCUUAGCCUCAUCUUCUUCCUCCACACUUGUUAUUUUCCGUCCGUCCGCCCGCCCGCUUGCCUGCCUGCCUGCCUGCCUGCCUGCCUUCCUGUCUGACUGACUGCAUCACACGUUGUGAUAAUACUUUUUAUAUUUGCUGGGUUCCAUGUGAAGGAUUCAACAUCCAUGCAUGUACGAGAGUGAGGGCAUUCCCAACUCGUCCGACGACAGUCUGAACGGUCAGCAAUUUCUACUUGAUUGCGACAUUUGCGGCGAACGAUUCGCCUCCAAGAAGCCGCUUCGCGUCCACAUUAAUACGCACCUGAGAAAACUUCGCAUUGUCCUCAAGAGGGUGGCAAAUCCAAAAGUGGUGAGGGUGAAGAACGAUACGUACUGGCUGGAUCCUGAGAAAACUGGCUUGCUGAAAUUGACACUGAAGAAAAAGAGUGUGGCCGAUUCUCUCAAGCUUACUCUGAAAAAGUCUUCAAAAUCAGAAGAUUUCACUGUUGUGAAUAAUAAUUUUUAUCCGGUCAUUAAGUACUAUCAGCAGAGAGACGUGGCAGGUGCUAAGGAAAAUGAUACUAGAAGCAACAAGGCAGUGGAGAACUCAGUUGAUGAACCUUUUGAAAACGUGAUGGUAGAUCAACAAGAUGAUUAUGACAAUGUCAAGUUGGAUACCGACCAUCACAAUCCUCUUGAAGAAAAUGAAAGACCAUCCACAGACAUUAAUGAGAGUGACUCUGAUGUAGGGAGUGAUAUGGCAAAUCCAUCUGAGAAAGAUGAUCAAAAUGUUGAUGAUACACAAAGCACUGACAACUUUGACAAUUCUGAGAAAAGAGUUUCAGAAUCCGAGGAUCAUGAGGAAACGGAUGCUUUGGAGGCAACCUGCAGGGAAACUAUUGAAAAUUUGAAAAAACUUGGUGAACAGUCAAGUUCCAGAUCAGCGAAUCAACUAAUUGACAGUUCAUCAGUGGAGGAAGAAAAUGACAGGAAUCAUGAAUCCAGCAUGAUACAUAAUCUCGAACAGAGUUCUUCCAUCAGUAUCAAUCCAAAAUCUUUCACAUUUUCCAAUCAUACAACUGAACGUACCUCGAUAUCUGACAGUGAAGAUAAGAACAGAGAAUCAACUGAUACAUCACAGACACAAAAUUUCAAUUGGAAUCAAUUAUCUGCUGAUUUAUCAAGCAAAAACAAUGAAGAUUUCAACAAAGAUGAUAGUGAACAACAGGGAGAUACCGACGCUAGCAUGGACAAUGCUGGAUCUAUUUUGCAGAACUUUCUCAUCGAACAUCAGAGACGCAAUCCGAAUGACGUAUCGUUAUCGAAUAAUUUAUCAUCCAGUGAGACGGCAGAGUACGUGCCCCUCGAGAAACUGGCGGAGACCGUCAACAUGUGUCGCGUUUGUAAUGAAAAAUUCAAAGACAUUGCGCACUUGGAUGAGCAUCGUAGCAAAGCCGGUCAUUAUCAGUGCAAUAUACCGGAAUGUGCUAAUCUCAUUUUUCAUUCUUCGAUGGAGGUGUCGAUACAUCGAGCGCAGGUGCACAGCACCCCGCUCUCACCAAGCAUGAGUCAAUUGUCACCUCAUCAUUUAUCGUCAAACACAAAUACGUCACAUCUAGGCCAAACCACGCAUUCGCCUCAUGCUGUUUCUGUUGCAUCUGUGGAGACAUCGUCGACGAACGGCUCACAUCAACUCAGUAGGACAUCGCCAUUAACAUCGCCGCAUCAGACCAAUUCACCGACAUUCAAUGCGGUGGCAGCGGCGGCAACCGGCAGUGCUGCUGGUCAGCAAAUGCAAAUACCGCCGGUAAACUUUGAACAACUACCACCACCUGUACAGCAACUGGCCCAGCAAGUGCAGCGUAUGCCUCUUCCACAGACGCAAAUGCCCCCUAGUCUUCCUCCAGGAGCUAAUACGAUGAUACCUGCACCAAGUUAUUUUGUACAACCACCAGGGCGACCACCUUUGUACAGAGUAUCUGGUCCACAGGGUAUACACUAUCCACCUCAUAUGGCGCAUUUGUAUCAGUAUGGACCAAAUCCAUAUCCUCAGAUAGCUGCGCCUCCCCCGCAAAUGCAUCCCCAAAUGCCCCAACAAGUUUCACGGGGUCGAUAUCCAUCGGCGUCUGUUAUUCAAAACAGCAGGGCACCACGAUUACCACAAACUACUGGUCCAGUUCCUCGCCAACGCAUGAAGAGGCCUUUGCAGCAGGCUAUACAACCACCAAAUAAUACCUCCGCAAAGAGACGUAUGGACGUUUUAUUACCUGAUAGAAAUGAAGAUGCAGACUGCCAUGUCAUAGCUCAACAAAAGAGAAAUGACGGAUUACCUGUUAUUCAAAAUGUUCAGGGGGCUACUACACAACAAACCAGUAGAAAUGAUUCUACGAUACAUCUUACAGAUUCGAUCACUUUAAGUGUUCGGCAACCUGGUUCCAUCCCAGCUCAAGUCCAGAAUACGUCGAAUCCGGGGGGAAAGAAAUCUGAUGCCAAGGCAGUGGCGAAUGUCCUCGCGGCUCGAGGUAUAACCGUUACUCCAGCUGCAAAUAAAAAUAAGACAAAUGAACAAAACAAACAGCAAAUACCUUCUCAGCAGCAGCAGAGGCCACCACCUUCACAGCAGCCUUUAAAUGUUACAGCGCUCAAUCUGAAUUCCGCUAUUUCUAUCAUACCAACUAGUUCACAAAGAAAGCAACAAGAGCAAGGACAAUUUGCUGUUCCGCAAAAUAAACAGAACAAAUCGCCCAUUAAUGACCAAGUCGAGCGACCACCGAGACCACCGACUGUGGAUCUUACGCAGGAUACUCCACCGCAGAUGCCAGUGGUUAGACGUGGUCGACCGCCUAGAGCAAUGUUAACGUGUCAGGUAUGCGAUAAGAAUUUUCAAAAUCAAGAUAUGUUGACACAGCACAUGGCAACUCAUCGAACGACCAGUAAACUGCUUCACAGGUGUAAUCUUUGUCCAGCUCAAUAUCCUACAGUUCAGGCAUUGACAACGCAUAAACAGACUUACCAUAAAGAAGUUGAUACCGUGACACAAAACGGAGGCACGGAAUUGGCUCUACCGGUUGUGGAUCUAAAGUCGCCGCAUGUUCUGAACCGCUUGGCGAAUUUAGGCAUUCAAAGCUACAUACCGUUGUCGCAGUUAAGUGCUCAAACCGGUGGUUACUUCGGUUUGCCGAUUAUCACGAUAGACGGUGCGAGAAAUACGAGCACCUGCAAUCUAGGUGCGCUUGGUGCUACCUCUAUAUUAAGUCUUGGUCCUCUUAAGCAUAUAUCGAACGGGUAACUGCGGACGAACUCGCAUUUGGCCUAUUCCACGUGUGCAAUCACGCUCCUCUUUGGUUAUUAUUCUCAUUCAAAUUGCUUUACUUGUUACUGUAUUGCCAAUGACCAUGACAUAUGACAUGUUCUGAUUUCUGAAGAGAAAACCGUGAUAUAGUUUAAGUAGAGUCGUCUUAAAUGCCACGUGUUGUGUAUAAAGAAUAUAUUGAAAUGUUCUUUAUAUGUAUAAGAAAUACAUAUAUGC